CUAUAUAAACCUUAUACCCUCCCAUUUUCGUCCUUCAAAUCUCUCUUCCUCUCUCUCUCUUACCCAAGGGUAAAUUGGCCAUUUACUCUUCCAUUUCUUCUCUCUCUAGAAUUUUUGAAAUCUUUUGGCAUGGGACCCACCUGGUGGAAUUAUUAAUGCCAUUAAUCAUUCCUAUUUUGAAUUGUCAUCUCUGCCAUCCAACGUUGUAACCCCACCUUUUUUUCUCUCUUUAUUUAUUUUCCAAAAAAAAAAAAGAAAGUGGAGAAAUUAAUUUAAAUUAGUUGGGCCUUGUUUGGCACUUUUCAUUUCUCCUCUGUAUUUAAAGGCGCCAUUAUUUUUCCGUCACUUCGUGAAGCACAAUUCGGACCCCACCACGUCAAUAAAGCUAUUCCCGUUUUCUUAAUGGAGGAGGGCAAAAAGCGAGUCCGAGAUGAGUCGGAAUCGGAACCGAUCUCGCCCGAGUCCAAGCGAUUCCACGCGGAGCAGGACCAGUGGGUUGGCUCGGUCCGAGUCGGGUUUGACUCGGUACCCGGCGCGGAUUUCAACCUUGGUUCCCCUGAGAGGAGGCAGUACGGAGGUGAUAUUUUCGAUCUUUUGGACGCUCCGUACACGCCGGCCGAGCCUCAGUCGGAGAUCCACGGCCUCGAUUCGUUCAUAAAAAGCUUCGAGGAGGAGAUCCUUCAUCCCGCGCCGGCGUCCGCGGAGCAGCCGCAGACCGUCAUCGACCUGACUUCCGCCGAUUCACAGCCGGAGCUCGGCUACCUUCUAGAAGCCUCGGACGACGAGCUCGGGCUCCCUCCCAGCGGAUCUAAAUCUCCGGUCGAUUUGCCGCCGGACGCCUCGGUGCUCGACAGCCUGGCGGCGUUCGAGGACGAGUUGCCAGGUUACGAUUCGUUCGAACUCGGGAUUCCCGGCGGAUCAGAGGAAGGCGAAUACGGCGGCAACAAUGGCGGCGCCGGCGAAUUCGUGACCGUCGAUGGGCUGUUUGAUUACUCCGACUUUUCGGAGAUUUCAUGGAGACCCGAAUCAUUACCCGCUUUAUAGAUGGGGUUUUUUUGGCGGGUCAAGUUGGAUCUUUGCCUGUGUGAUAAGUCAUUAAAAUUAAUGAAAAUUUAGGAGCUCACAAGACGUGUAAAUCUUUUAAUCUUUUUUUUAAGGUAAGAAAAAUGAUGAAAGGCA